AUGUUCGGUAAAAUGAUGCACUUCUGGACCAAGUCCGACGAUCUACGCCAAAUGUUACUCAAUGAGCCACGCGGUCGACCAUCACGGAACGUCAACCUUGUCUUGCCACCCUGUGAUCCUCGCGCUGAUGCAGGCUUUCUGAUCAUGGAAAGCGAAGAGUACGCUCCGAUGUCUGGCUCGAACACUAUCUGCACCACUACUGCACUGCUUGAGACUGGUAUGAUCAAAAUGGUCGAGCCGGCGACUACCCUCAAUCUGGAUACUGCUGCCGGAUUGGUGUCCGUUACCGCGGAAUGUGAGAAUGGGAAAUGCAAGAAUUUUGCUUUCGACAACGUCCCCGCUUUUGUUUUCCAGCUCGAUCUGGAAGUCGAUGUCCCAGGCCUUGGCAAGAUUCUUUGUGAUAUUGCCUGGGGAGGUAUGAUGUACGCAAUCGUGGAUAUUAGCCAGACCGAUUUGAAGAUGGAUCUAGAUCAGGGCCAGCGGAUUGUCGAAUAUGGAGAGCGCAUCAAGCGAGCUGUCCAAGAAGCAGUCCACCCAGUUCAUCCAGAAAACCCCGGCAUCCACGGAGUAACAAACUUCAUAUUCACGGCACCCCUGGGGGAGGAUGCGCAUGGAAAAAUCGCCCAAAACGCCGUGGUCGUUUCCCCGGGUCGAUUGGAUCGAAGCCCCUGUGGAACUAGAACCUGCGCCCGUCUGGCUCAGUUCUAUGCUAGAAAGCAGCUUGCUGUUGGCGAGGCGUUUCGACACACCAGCAUCAUCGGAACUGAAUAUAUCGGUUCCAUCCAAGGUGUGACUAAAGUGGGAGAAUAUGAAGCAGUGCUACCGAGAGUGAAAGGCAGUGCUUGGAUCACUAGCUUCCAGCAGGUCGUAGUUGAUCCCACUGAUCCCUUCCCAGUGGGAUUCAGAGUCGGUGAUUCCUGGCAUGUGUCCGACGUGCCGGUCCCCGAUGCUACCAAGCUUAAUGGCAUGGCACCCAAAGCCACUUUGGUUUAA